AUGGGAGUUGUCCUGGACAUGGCUCAGGGACUCAGUGGACAUAACAUCACAUGUGACCAUUUUUUAACAUCGUACAAGCUGGGACAGGAGCUCCUAAAGAGGAAACUGACCAUGGUUGGAACGAUGAGAAAAAACAGGUCUGAGCUCCCACCUAAAUUGCUGCCUACAAAGAACAGGCAUGUCAACUCGUCCAAGUUUGUCUACACGGCUGACACAUCCCUGGUAUCAUAUGUGCCAAAGAAAACCAAAAAUGUGGUACUAAUGAGUACACUACACAGAGAUGGGAGAAUCUGUGGCCUGGAGCAUCAGAAACCAGAGAUACUUAUGGACUACAAUGCCUCAAAAGGAGGAGUAGACAACUUGGACAAGCUGGUGUCUGCCUACAGUUGCAAGAGGAGGACCCUACGCUGGCCACUGGUGAUUUUCUUUGACAUGCUGGACAUCUCGGCGUACAACGCCUUUGUCAUCUGGAUGGCAUUGAACCCAGAGUGGAACAGAGGGAAGCUCCAGAGGAGGCGCCUCUUUCUUGGGGAACUUGGAAAGGCACUGGUGAAACCACAAAUCCGAAGAAGACGGCAUGUUCCGAGAACCUCAGCCUCUGCAGCCACCGUGAGGAGGAUUCAGGAGAACAAUGCUGGUGCCCCAUCCACCCAACCUACAGAACCACCAUCUGCAGAGCCUGAGGUUGCGGCCGGCAGCAACAAAAAGAAACGGUGCGAAGUGUGUUGACCCAAGAUGGACAGAAAGACGCAAUAUACAUGCAUCAAGUGCAAGAAGUACAUAUGCAACACACACACAGUAAAACUCUGCCACUCAUGUGUUGAAUAGGCUGGUAUGAAAAGGCAAUGUGUUCAACAAUGUAAUGUGUUCAAUGUGUAAUGUAAACUGUGUGUUGUGCUAUGUAAAAUUACCUGAUUACUAAUGAAAUUCAAUACAAAUUCAAAUAAAUAAAAGUCAAUAGUUAUGAACAA